CCUCCCACCUUCCUCUCUUUGCUGGUCGAUGGUGGGCGUUUCGGAGUUUGCUGUGUCUGGAUGUUGAAUUGUUGAAUAUACAACACUUAGGAUGCCGCGCGGAAGCCGCUCUUCCCGGGUGGCCCCUUCCGUCAGCCGGGCCCCUCAGAUGAGACCUGCUCCCAGACAAGCGCCUGCAGCUCAUCCUCCAGCAACAGCAACUGCACCAUCUGCAGUUGGCUCACCUGCUGCUGCACCUGCUGCUGCACCCCGACAGCCAGGCCUGAUGGCCCAGAUGGCGACCACUGCAGCCGGUGUGACUGUGGGCUCUGCAGUGGGCCACACCCUGGGUCAUGCCGUCACUGGGGCCUUCAGUGGAGGUAGCAGUGCUGAGCCUGCUUACCAGGAGCCCCGGGGAGCCCAGCUCCUGGCCCAGCAGUCUCCUGGACCUUGCUUUCUUGAGAUCAAACAGUUCCUGGAGUGUGCCCAGAACCAGAGUGACGUCAAGCUCUGUGAGGGCUUCAAUGAGGUGUUGUGGCAGUGCAGAAUUGCAAAUGAGGGCCAUCCCCCAAGAGUGGACCGCGUAGAGAAGAAGGUUAAGAACAGAAGAUACAGUGAAGAAUUCUUACGGUAUGGUUUUACCUCAAAAACGACAGCAGGCAUUGAGAAACCGCAGUGUGUUAUUUGUGGGGACGUUCUCUCAGCGGAGUCUAUGAAGCCAAACAAACUGAAACGCCAUUUUGACAGCAAGCACCUGAGCUUUGCCGACAAGGAUAUCAACUAUUUUAGAAGCAAAGCUGAUGAGCUCAAGAAAGCCAGGCUUGACACUGGCAGCAAAUACCCCAAACAGAAUGUCAUAGCCGUUGAGUUUUCCUACUUGGUGGCACUCAGAAUUGCCAGGACUAUGAAGCCUCACAGCUUUGCUGAGGAUUUACUGUUGCCAGAGGCCAAAGACAGUGUUCGAGUUCUGAUCGGAAAGGAAUUUGGUAUGCAGCUGAGUGCGGUUUCCUUAUCUAAUGACACUGUCCGCAGAAGAAUAAAUGACAUGUCUGCCGAUAUUCUUAACCAGGUCAUCCAGGAAAUUAAAUCUGCUCCACUUCCAAUAUUCAGUAUCCAGCUCGAUGAAUCUACAGACGUCGCAAACUGUUCCCAGUUACUGGUUUACGUGAGGUAUAUUAACGACGGCGACUUCAAAGAUGAAUUCCUCUUUUGCAAACCUCUUGAAACAGCAGCCACUGCACAUGAUGUAUUUGACAGAGUUGGUUCAUUUCUGAAGGAACACAAGCUCUCGUGGGAAAUGGUCUGUGGGGUUUGCACCGACGGUGCUCCGGCUAUGCUAGGAUGUCAGUCUGGAUUUCAGCGUUUGGUCCUGAACGAGUCGCCAGAAGUCAUCGGAACUCACUGUAUGGUUCAUCUGCAUGCGUUAGCAAUGAAGACAUUGCCUCAAGACUUAAAAGAAGUCAUGCAAAGCAUCAUCGGUUCUGUCAAUCUUGUCAAGGCGAGCACGUUAAACAGUCGGCUGUUUUCGCAACUGUGCAACGAGUUUGAUGCACCCAACAAAGCUCUGCUAUUUCACACCGAAGGGAGGUGGUUGUCCAAAGGAACUGUUUUAAAAUGUGUUUUUGAGCUUCGUGAUGAACUCAGAAUAUUUUUUAGUCAGAAAGCAAGACCACAGUUCGUUGCACUUUUCAGUGAUCAAUGUGAAUUGCAGAAAAUAGCUUACUUGGUCGACAUCUUUGCUGUCUUGCGUGAAUUAAGUUUAUCACUGCAAGGACCAAAUGCAACAUGCCUCGAUUUGUCUGAAAAGAUCCAGUCAUUCCAAAUGAAGCUUCAGCUUUGGCAAAAAGAGCUGGAAGAAAAUAAAACACACAUGUUGCCUACCCUCUCUGCUUUCUUUGAGGAACAUGACAUUAAACCCUCCGGAAGGACUUCAGUGAUUGUUUCCGUGAAAGAGCACUUGCACGUGCUUGCCGAAGAAAUUUCUUGGUACGUUCCAAGUCUACCUGCCGUCCCAUUUGCCCUUGCUAGAAGCCCGUUCACAGUCAGAGUUGAAGAUGUCCCUGAGACAGCACAAGAGGAAUUUGUCAGACUUAUUAACAGCGAAGCAGCGAGAGCUGACUUCUCUGCGUUGCCACUUACACAGUUCUGGGUCAAGUGUUUGCAAUCCUACCCAGUUCUGUCUGAGACUGUGUUGCGCCUCCUCCUUCCAUUUCCAACAACGUAUCUUUGUGAGACAGGGUUUUCCAACUUGUUGGUUAUCAAGUCCAAAUACAGACGGAGGCUCGCUGUGGAAAAUGAUCUCCGUUGUGCUCUUGCAAAGACUGCCCCGAGAAUUUCUGAUCUAGUGAGAAAGAAGCAAUCUCAGCCUUCACACUAAUGUUGGCGUUGACUUUUUGCUUUUUGUGUGUGUGUGUGUGUGUGUGU